AUGAAGAUUACGAUGAUCCGAAGAGGCAGGACCCAGGGGUGGCUCAAAGAGUCCAUUGAUGUUUUACCUACUUGGGCAACAUUCAAUGGCGUCAAAUUCAACGGCGUCAAAGUAGGCCCGCUGCCAGGCUAUGAGGACCGAGGGUCUACAGUCAUUGCUGAGGAGAAGCUUCAAGGGGGCGAAGCUGAGCCUUUGCUUGUCGUGCCCAAGGAGUUGAUCAUUUCUCGUCAGAAUAUUGAACUUAUCGCAAAGUCCGAUCAUCAUCUACGCGAACUUCUCGAAGCUCUUGGAGAUUUUGGAAUGACAACAAGAGGUGCCGUUCUUACUUUUCUACUCCUCCAAGCAACCAUCUGCUGCCCCGAUACAAAGGAUGUUGGCGUGCUCAAUCCUCUUACGGAAUACGUCAAGUUCCUUCCAGAUGAGCUGCUACCCACUUUCUGGAGCGAGGAAGAACAGGAGCUUCUCGUUGGAACCACGCUCAAACCUGCAGUCAGCGCAAAGCUCAACAGCUUAUUGCGCGAGUUCGAAAACUUGCGGACUGCUACAGAGUCUAUCAGCUGGUGUAAAAAAUACUGGUGGGAUGAAGAAAAUGGUAUGUUGACUUUCGACGACUGGAUGUGCGUCGAUGCCAUGUACAGAUCUAGAGCUUUGGAAUUCCCCGGUACUGGUGACUGCAUGGUCCCCUGCGUCGACAUGGCAAACCAUGCAUCAGGUGAUGCGACGGCCGCAUUGUACGAGACUGAUGGUAACGGGAAUGGUCUAUUGCUACUUCGAGAGGGCAAACAAGUUAAAGCUGGUGAUGAGAUAACGAUCACAUAUGGCGACGACAAAGGCGCAUGCGAAAACAUCUUUUCGUACGGAUUCCUCGAGGAUGCCAUGACGUCUGCAAAGGUCGUCUUUCUAGACCUCGAUAUCCCAGACGACGACCCCCUCAGACCUGCGAAGAUCUACGUUUCCAAGGUCGCACCGGGCUUCCGCAUCUUUGAGAAAGACGGUACCAUAGAUUGGGAAAGUGACUUCAUAUGGCUCGUCGUAGUCAACGAAGAAGAUGGUCUAGACUUCAAGGUCAGACAAACCACCGAUGGCAAGAGAGAAGUCCAAUCUUUCUGGAAAGAGCACGAACUCGAUACCGUGAAGCUCCGAGAAAAUCUUGAACAAGACCCAUUAUGGGAUGUCUUCCAGCUACGUGCCACGGUUCUCCUACAAAAUCGCGUUGAUGCGCAGAUUGAGCUGCUCACGGAAGCAGAGGGUGCCAAACGAACGGGUACAAUGCGGGAAAUGCCGUGGCGACUUGCGGAGCGACUCCGAAGUUUGGAGCUAGACUUGCUCAAGCGUGCAGCUGCUACUCUUGACAGCCAGAAAGCCAAACUCCUCGACACAGAGGCAGUCGUCCAUUAUCUGGGCUUGGACGAGGGAGGAGAUGGCGAAGACGAAGAGGAUUUCUCCUGA